AUGCUUGUGCUCGGGGGGCAUUCUCGGUAUGCUUUGCACACUUUGGCCUCUUACUUCAAAAACAUGCAUUUCUGGGUGUUUGGGCUAUGCCAUGGUGCUUUUGCAGAGUUUUCCGUGGGUGCUAGAAAGAAGAAGAGGAUGCUUUUGGGGGAAUGCUCUGAACUUCGCAAGAAUGGAACUGCCCCAGCCCGAGAAAGGCAGAGUCUCUUUGCAUGCUCGAUUUUAGCACGUUCAGUUUGUUUCUUUGCAAGAGUGUGUGUAAAAAGGCCUCCUUAUCUCGCUGAAGUUCAGGGGGUCCGCUUAACGUGCAUAUUACAAAAAUAUCGCGCUAUUACCCUGGAAAGGCAUGCUUCCACGGGUUUUUUCGCAACCCAAACACUGCCCGAAAAUAAGAGCAGAAAAUUCCCCAGAAAAGAGGGGGCAAAAAUAAAGCCAAAUUUUCGAAAAAUCAAGGUUUCCGGAAAGGAAAAGUUCAUUGCAUAUCUUCAACCGCACGCCUUCUCAUCGAUUUUGUUUUCGAAAGUGGGUUUUCUCGGCUGUCUCCAGAAAUGGAAAGCCAAAAAAUUUAUCGAAUGGAAAUUGCCAUGCAGAACGCGCAGAAAGCGCUAG